GUCACUGCUGUCUGCGACAAACCGUAGUGUAAGCUCACAGCAUCAGCUGAUGCUUCACCUUUUCAGCACCGCGGACAGCUCUGUUCUGCAGCGCGAGCAGAUGGCGACGGUUAUAAAGAGCCCGCGAGAAGCGUCUCUGCACCGGACAUCCACCACCGCAGCCUGACUCACAGCAUGGACCACAGAUCCGUCUUCCCGCACACACUCACUCAAGAUGAGUAUCUACAGUACAAGCCAAAACGGUCCGCAUUAGACACCGGCGUCGCGUCCACGGGCAUGAAUUUGACCAAGCCGUUAUCUGAGAAGUUCACUGAGAAAGAAGUGAUGCACGGCUUGAACGAUCGUCUUGCAGGAUUCAUCGAGAAGGUGCACCAUCUGGAGUACCAGAACCAGCUGCUGGAGAGAGAGAUAGGGGAGAUCAGAGGGAAAGCGAAGCCCGCAUCUUGUUUGGAGGACGAGUAUGGACCUGAGCUGAGGAAGCUGAGGCAGCUGGUUCAGGACAUCACUCAUCAGAAGCAUCAGAUUGAAAUCGAGCAUCAGAAUUUAGAGGAAGAGCUGUCCAAGCUGAGGAGACAACAUGAGCAGGAGGCGAGGAGCAGAUCGGAUGCAGAAAGCAAGAUUGUGGUCCUCAAGAGGGACAUUAAUGACGCGUAUCAGGCGAAACUGCAGCUGGACAAGAAAGCCCAGGCUCUCGUGGAUGAAAUCCACUUCCUGAAGAGAAACCAUGAGGCAGAGGUGUCAGAGAUGUUUGAACAAAUCCAGGGUGCGCAGGUGACUGUAAAGGCGCAUGAUUUUGGCAACCCCGGCGUCACUGCGGCACUCCGGGACAUAAGGGCGCAACUGGAAGGUCAUACGGUGUCAGACGUGCAGGUGAUGGGAGAAACUUUCCGAUCUCAGUUUGCAAGAUUAACGGAGGCAGCCGAGAGCAAGAGAGAGGCGUUAAAGGCGACCCAGCAGGAGAUUCAGGAGGUCAGGAGGCGCCUGCAGGCCAAGAACAUCGAGCUGGACUGCGCUAAAGGCACCAGGGAAGCGCUGGAGAGGCAACUUCAUGACGUCGAGGAUCGCCACAAGGAAGAAGUGAUUCAUUAUCAGAACACGAUCAAAGAACUUGAAAAUGAGCUUAUAAAUUGCAAAUUUGACAUGUCUGGUUAUCUGCGGGAAUACCAGGACCUGUUAAAUGUGAAGAUGGCUUUGGAUGUGGAGAUAAUGUCUUACAGGAAACUCCUCUGCGGUGAGGAGGCCCGACUAUCCACCAUGUCUGAAACCCAAAUCUCCCUGCCCUACAUCUACCACCAGUCCCCUGUUUACACCCUUCCUUGCCUCAGCCGACCGGGAGGCCCCCACAGACGAGCCGAGCCGCAGUAUAAGUUUGUCGAGGAGAUUAUAACGGAGACCACGAGGGAAAUUGAGAUGUCAGAAUUUGAGGAGACAGGAUCGGAGGAGACGGAGGUGGAAAAAGAUGAACAGGAGUGUACAAAAAGAGACAAAGGGAGCAGUGAGGAAGAGAACGAUAAUAAAGACAGUCGAGAGAAAGACGGUGAGCAGGUUUCUGACAGUGAGCAGAAUCAAGUAGCAUCAGCAGGAAAUGUAGUAAAUGGAGGUGAUGAUGGGAGUUCUGGUGAGGUGGACGGUCAAAAAAAUAAAGAGGAGACAGAAGUAGUUGACAAUGAAGGUGAGAACAGCAUUGAUAAAAAUACCCAAAGCAAAGUUAUAUUAAGCGAGAGCUGCGAUGUGGAAGAAAAUGAGCAACAUCAAAAAGUUGCUGAAAACACAAAAGAGGAGAAAGAAGCUGCAGCGACAAUAGUAACAGAUCAGGAAGAUGUCUCUUCAAAACCAGAUGAUUUAAAGCCUGAGGUCCCUGUGGAGGAUGAACCCAUGAAAAAAUCUGAUGAAGGUAAAAAAGGAGAUACUGAGAAAGAUAGUUUUAUCUCAGCUCAAGCAAAGAUGCCUGUUGACAAGACUUUGGCCAAAGUGUCCAAAGAAUCAGACAAAACUCAAAAGCCAAGCAAUGUUCAAGUGCAAGAUGAGGUUCCCACUUCAGAGACCGCUGAGAAAACUGCUGAUUUUACAGCAGAGACAAAGAGCACUCCAUCUGUAGAGACAGAGCAGCUUUCAGAAAUACCUGAACUAUCUUCAAGUACAACACCCAAGAGCGAGGGAAAGGAAAACAGUCAGACUGAGCUGAAAGAAAUCAGUAAAUCUGAAGCUGCACCAGGUGAGGAUAAAGUAGCAAAAGGCAGUCAAGACAGUAGCAAUAAAGGUCAAGAUAAAGAGUCUUCUCUGAAAUCUGACGUGAAAAGUCUUCCAGAAGUCGAGGAUCAGAAGCCAAACAGUGUGGAUGAAACUCAAACAGUCCAAACUGUGUUGCCAAGGGAAAAGACAACUGUCAGUGCAGAAAUCAAAGAGGUGCAUCAGGUACCGGAAGGAAGCCAGGUUCAGAAAUCAAAGCUGUCUGAAGAUUCAGAGAAAAUAAAAGAACCUCAAGGUAAAACUGAGAGUGUUGAGAGUAAAAAGUCAGAGAAAUAAGAUGUAAGCUGAACGGGGAAAAUAUCUGCUGAGGUCAGGGAAGUGAGGAUUAAAAAUGUCCACCAUGAAAUGAAUGAGACAGCAACUGAUGGGCAAAUAUCAGGGAUAGUGAAGCUAAAAUGGCUUAAAAUGCAGAUGCAAAUUUAAGGCACAACCUGAGCCAAGCAAAAACAGGAAAGCUGUAGCUUCUCUUCAGGAUGAUAGUUUUAAGAGGAGAGAGCAUGAUUCUCGUUAUGUACUGUA